AUGGAUAAAGUGUCAGUAGCAAGGUAUCCAAGAAUUGUAAUACAAUAUUGCUCUAAAUGUAAAUGGCAGAAUAGAGCAGUCUGGUAUUUACAGGAAAUAUUUCAGACUUUUAGUGAUCAAGUAAUGGAUGUUUCCCUUCAGCCCAUAGCUAAUGUUCCUGGUACCUUCCAAAUUUUAGUUAUCAUGAAAGAUAACGAACGGCCUAAGAUAAUUUAUAAGCGACGGUUUAAAAAGAGUACAGAUCCACAGGAUGAGCUAUAUUACUACGAUGGAUUUCCAGACUCUCAAUUUCUCAAGCUUCUCUUAAAAAGAGAGUUGAAUUUAGAAACAAAUUUGGGGCAUAUUGAGAGAAAUGAUGGUGUCACGCUCUUGCAAAAUGGCCAGUCAUCAAUCGAGUUAAAGAAACCGACAGAGUGUGAGCCUUGCAAAAGUCAACUGUGA